GACACAACUGGCUACGGAACAACUGGAUACGGAACAACUGGAUACGGCACGACUGGCUACGGAAGCCGCUAUGGGUCCAACGCCUACGACAACACUUACGGGACGACGACCUACGAUAACGGCUAUGGAACGACUGCGUAUGAUCCCAGUACGGGCGCGUACGAUCAGCAUAUGGAUUAUCGGACGGAUGGGAGUCAGAGACAUCAUCGCGAGCGGGUGAAUCCGAGUGGGACGUAUCGGCAUCGGGAUGUGGACCGACGGGAUGAUGGGAGUACGAGGGUGCAUAGGGAGUAUGACAACCCGAACACGGGGACGAGCUACCAUCGGGAUUUUGAGCGGUAAUUUGUUCUGUGCGCAGGGGAGAUAAAAGAGGGUUGGCGUUUGGGGAGGAUGAGAGGGUUAGAUGGGGGAAUCAUUAAAACUAAUGGGUGGUGUAUUUGUAUAUAUGGAUUGGACUUGAAAAUUAGCAAAAAGGUUAAAACAGGAUAAAGGACAAAAAAAAAAACGGAAAAGCGUC